AUGAAAUACCUACUAUCGACGAUUUCAAACACAAAUUAUCAAUUUAAUGAUAUAACACUAACAUGGAUUCCUAGCCAUACCGGAAUAGAAGGGAACGAAAAAGCUGACAUGAUGGCGAAACAAGCAACCAGUGAUCAAACCAUUGAAAUGUUAAACUUUCUCUCCAAAGAUGACCUUAAAAGGGAAGCUAAAAAUAUCAUAAUAAACUUAUGGUGCAAGGAAUGGCAUUUACUGAGGGACAACAAAUUAAGAGAAAUUAAACACACCGCCGAUAGAUGGAUUAACCCAACAAACUUAACAAGGGAACAAGAAAUAAUUUUAACCAGCUUAAGAAUUGGACACUCAUCCUAG